CUAUCCUUUGUUUUUCAUCAGUUCAUCACAUUCGUCAGCUUUUGACGCUUACUAAUUUUGUUCCUCAAUCUUGUAUAUGUAUAUCGUUCUAAAAGUGUUAAGAAGUAAUAACCAAAAAUAAAAAUAAUUAAAAAUGUCGAGUACCUCACAAAAGCACCGUAAUUUUGUAGCAGAACCCAUGGGCGAUAAGCCGGUAACGGAUCUAGCCGGAGUUGGUGGAGUUUUAGGAGAAAGAUUAGUAGCUGCAGGCUUCGAUAAGGCAUAUGUGGUGUUAGGUCAAUUUUUGGUGCUAAAGAAGAACCAAGAACUAUUUAAGGAAUGGAUGAAAGACACAUGUUCAGCAAAUUCUAAACAGUCUUCCGAUUGCUGGCAAUGCUUAAACGAUUGGUGUGAGGAAUUUUUGUAAUUAAUUACGAAACGAAUUAAUUUUAUAUUCCUCGUUAUUCAAAUUGUAGAAUUACUUUUAAUAUUUUUAUAUAAAAUAACCCUUAAAUUCACAAAAUGUAAAUAUAUAGAGCACUAAACUGUAAUAAUUACUAUCAAUGUUGCAAUGUGAUAGUGUAAAUAUAUUUUAAUUGUUCUGAAAUAUUAAUAAUAAACUUUUAAUUUUUAAGUACA